AUGUCGAAGACAUUCGGGCCCAUCGGGGAGAAAGGCCUCUGGCCUGGAGCCAGUGAAAACCUCCAUCAAUUCACCCAGAGAUACGAGAGGCUGGUCCCCUUCUGUGACCCGAAAAAGCUCGCAGGCCCCUUUCCACACAUGGUGGUGCUGCGGCCGGCCGGCCUCGGGAAGACCACGCUGGCCAAGAAGUGGAUGCUGGACUGGACACAGGGCAACGCCCCCGGGACACCCGCCAGCGCGAUCCUGGCCCAGGGGCGGAAGGUCCUGUUUGUCGUGGACGGUUUCGAUGAGCUGAGGGUCCCCUCGGGGUCACUCAUCCGUGACACCUGCGGGGACUGGAGGAGGAGAAGCCGUGCCGUCCUGCUGGGCAGCUUGCUGAAGAGAAAGCUGCUGCCCAAGGCCACGCUGUCCCGGGAAGAUGGGCCCCUGCUCCCCUUCUGGGUGGACCUGUGCCCCACGUUGGGCUCCAACAAGAACCUCACGUCUCGAUUCAGCCAGAGCUUCCUCAGCGCCUCAGUCCUCAGGAUUCUCUGUGAAAAAAUAGCCUCCGCUCCGCGCAGUCUCCAGAGAGUGGUCCUCGGGGACCUGUCCCCGGCCGAUGCCCAUCGGAGCCUCGGGGUCCUUUUCAGCGGCUACGAGACCCUCACGCACCUGACCCUUCAAGGGAACGACCAGAAUACUGUGCUCCCCGUCCUGAGUGAGGCCCUGAGGCACCCCAAGUGUCACCUGCAGUGUCUCGGGCUGGUGUCCUGUUCGGCCACCGCCCAGCAGUGGGCCGAUCUCGCCGCCUCCCUCGAGGCCCACGGCUCCCUCACCUGCCUGAACCUCACGGACGGCGAGCUCGGGGACCAGGGCGCCAAGCUGCUGCUCGCGGCCCUGAGGCACCCCAAGUGCCUCCUGCAGCGGCUGGCGUUGGAAAACUGUCACCUCACUGGAGCCUAUUGCCAGGAGCUCUCGUCCGCUUUGGUCGUCAACCCUCGGCUGACGCGCCUGAGCCUGGCCAAGAACGACCUUGGGGACCGUGGGGUGAGGCUUCUGUGCGAGGGCCUGAGCUACCCCGAGAGUCGGCUGCAGACCUUGGUGCUAUUCCACUGCAACAUCAGCGGCGAUGGCUGCAUUGCCCUCUCGACGCUUCUGCAGCAGAGCUCGAGCCUCAGGCACCUGGACCUGGGGCUGAACCACGUGGGGGCCGCGGGGCUGAGGUUCCGGUGCGAGGCCCUGAAGAGGCCGUCGUGUGGCCUCCGGCGUCUGUGGCUGUGGGGCUGCGCCAUCACCCCUCUCGGCUGCGCGGACCUCUCGUCCGCCCUGCGCAGCAGCCGGAGCCUCGUCGCCCUGGACCUGGGCCAGAACCCCUUGGGACCUAGCGGGACAGGGGUGCUGGGCAAGGUCCUGAAACUGCAAAGCUGCCCCCUCCGGGAGCUCAGGUAUGACCCCCGCCCCCCACGUUUGCUCCGUGACUAUAGAUUUUGA